GAACAGCGGACGCGACGAAUCAAAAGCGACGUUUUGAAUCACAUCCACGAUGGCAGACGCUCAGCAUACGAUGGUAGACGGUGAAGACAUGACGGCAGACGAAUUCCGCACGAAUGUCCUCGAGGAGAUCCGCUCCGUUCGCGCAGACAUUGAAGCCGUCGGCGGCGACGCGGGGACCGUCGCAAUCGCGCAGGAAGGCCACGAACUCGAAGAGCUCAAGAGUCUCAGCGAUAUCUACAUCGCUGCCGUUGCGCGCCAGUGUGCGCUGCUUGAGGAGGAGGCUGAGCGGAUUUCGCAAGAGACUGAGCAGCUUCGGAAGAAAGCUGCGCAGAUACAGGAGAGGAACGCGCAGCUUUGCGCGCAGACCGAGGUCUAUUUUCAAUUCAUCGAAGCAGCAUCACCAGCAACAGCAGCAGCAAUUAGAGCAGCAGCAGAGGCCCGCGACCACGCCAGACAGUCCUAGUCGUCGGCCGCACGACGCCAGACAGCGAGGCCGCUGGCAGGGCCUCGCUGUAUGUAGCACUCUCUUAAUGUUAAUCCUCAUACAGCAGUACAGUGGU